AUGAAGGUGUGUUGAAGUUAUUAUCGCUGAUAUUGGUGGUUAACAUCUGUUUUUGACAUCAUGAAGAUAAAUGAGAACACUUUACUGGAGGGACACAAAGUCGUGCUGGUUCCUUACAAUGCAGACCACGUGCCCAGGUAUCACGAGUGGAUGAAGUCUCCUGAGCUGCAGCAGCUGACCGCUUCAGAGCCGCUGACCCUGGAACAGGAGUACGACAUGCAGAGGAGCUGGAGGGAAGAUCAUGACAAGUGCACGUUCAUCAUCUUGGACAAGCAGCAGUGGGCAGACACCAGCGUCGAAGAAGAGCAGUGCAUGGUGGGAGACGUCAACAUCUUCCUGACUGACCCCACAGAGCCAUCCUUGGCUGAGCUGGAGAUCAUGAUUGCAGAGCCCAGUUACAGAGGCAAGGGCAUUGGGAAAGAGGUGACACGCAUGAUGAUGUGCUACGGUGAGCAUCUUAUAAAAUCUGUCAGAAGAUUUCUAAAGCCUUGUUAACUGGUCAACAAGUGACCAAACAUGCGUUGGUUCUUACAGUAGAGAGACAGAAGGGUAAAGCCACUGUGUAGUAUUUGAACAUUUCUGACUUUGGUUACCUCUUAAUUCUGUGCCAAUGUUCUACUUUUCAGCAAUCCAAGUACAGUAGGUUGUUUUGCACUCAUUGUCAAGCCAAAAAAAUUGCAACAACAGUGGGUGAGAUCUACACAGCGUUACAGAUUAUCGGAAAUCGAAAUAAUAACUCUUAAAUCAUUGUAUUUCAUUGUUUGUCAGGAAAGGUUAAGUUGCUCCUUCCUACCAACCACUACUGCAGGUCCUGUGUUGACUGAAAGUGACAUCAACAGUACAGAUAGCUGACUGGUUAAGAAAAAACGUCUUCCCAAACAGGAAUCUGAGUAAAUUAAAUGCCAAAAUGCAGGAGCUUUGUCAUUUUGGGUCGUAUUUCAGAAAAUGACCCCAAAUGUGAAAUGGAGUCACAUAAUUCCACUUGUUUUAUCCUCUAAAAGCUCAGUGUGCUAUUUGCUCCUAUUCCAACCAAGUAAUUUGUGUUUUUGGGAUCAACAGACAUAUUUAUUUUGGGCAUGUACUUUUGUUUUGCUAAGGUCCAGUUUUUUUUACAUUCUAGUUUAAUAAACAUCACUCAAAAUGA